AUGUUUGCUAAUAGAUAAUAAAUGAACAUAAAAUGCCUAUAAUUGGUUUUUCAAAAAGCCCAGAUGGAAGAAAAAUAAUCAAUUAGAGCAGAUAAAAAUCUUUAUGUAAUGGCAGAUUCAGAAAAAGAAAUUUGGUAAAUCCUUUAGAAGAUUUAAUUUAAUGAAUAUCUACUUCGGAUUUGUUUUAUCACUAAUUAGAUUUUUACUUUUCAAAUCAUCUAAAUCACAUUCAGGAACUAAAAAAAUUUAUCGAUAUUCAAAAUGUAUAUGAAUUAAAAAUUUUAGAUUGCCAAAAAUAUAUCUUUAUAAGGAAAGGGUCAACAUGAUUUAGGGGAUUGCCAACCAAUUUAUGUUACUUCUAAGCAAAUAUUAGUGAUCAAAAAUGGUUAUUUCAUAAAUAUUCUAAGAUUUAUUCUAUAAAAUCCAAGGAUAAGAUGGGGAAUUCAACUAUUAGUUAGAAUAAUCAAUUAAUUUUGGUUAUGAUUGUGUAUAUGGAACAAUUAGUCAUGAUGGACAAUUCUUAAUUACUUGGGAUUAUAAAUCUCAUAAGACUUAAAUUAAAAAAUAUUAUCAGAAGAUUGAUCAAUAAAUUUGGGCAAGUUUUAUUAAAAAUAAUAUUCAAUAUUAAUUAUNAAAUUACCCUUGAGCUUAAAGUUCUUCUUUUAUUGAAUCUGACUAAUUUGUUAGCUUCAAGAGCAAUUCUAUCAAAAAUAUCAUUAAUGAAUGAAUUCAUAAUGUUCAUGGCUUUUCUUGAAACACCAAUUUCUGGAUACACUUAUCUCACUACUUUGUAAAAGUAUAAGCCAAAUGUUCCUUAUCUUCUUCUUGCUAUUUUCAUUUCUAUUUAUUAUUACAAUUGGUAAUUAAAAAUCAACAUAUAAGUGGUAUAAUUCUGAAAAAUCAGAUUUCUCAAAUGUACUUGCAAUAAACUAUGAUAACUCUGCACUUGUAGUAGGUAUUAGAGAAAAAAUCUAAAGUUUCAAGAUUUUGCAUUACAAAGAAUACAAUAUUGAAAACUUAACUGAAUAAGAGGAAGAGGAACUUUUUGCAAGUGAUGGAAAAGCUUUAAGAAAACUUUUGAUUUGUGAUGGGAAUAUUUGUUAAGUCACAACUCUUUAAUUUUAAAAAUCUUAAACAUGCGAACUUCUUCCUCUCUGGUUCAGAAAAUUUGAUAAAUAUUUGGGCCCCAGAUGA